CGAGACUUAGUUUCGUUCACUGAGGAUGACAGUGGUUUAACGCUUGCAAAAUUCAGAGGGAUAUUUAGAAGCUUCGAAAGAAGGUUUUGGAAGGACGAUCGAAAGCGUGCGCCGAUUUGUUGGUGGCGCGCGGAAUCGGCAACUUUGUAACAGUGGCAAUCGGAAGUGAUAAUGCGCAUAGGAAAUCAAGACAGUGAUUAAUAGUGAGUAAUUACAUAUGAAACGCAAAUAAAGAAGACAAACAGAGAAGAGUAAAACGUCACGGACUGCGUAGUUUUAUGAGACAUUGGUUUUAACUAGACAGAGCAUCGAUUAGCCGACAAGAUGAUAGAAGAGGCUGCGAUGUUCGACAUGACGGACGAGUUGUUGUUCUCCGCGUUGGGCCUGACCAUGGACACAGGUGUCGAGAAGCAACUGUUCUCCACGAAUUCCACGAGUUUCGCAUGCGACUACGAGGCAUCUUCUUGCAGAACGACGCCACGCAGCGAUGACUCGGAGACCGUCGAUCAAUCGAAUAAUAUAGGGAACACGAUCGAGUGUUACACGGAUCUGACUUGUCCGGCAAAGACAUCUUGGAACGAGUGGUCUGAUAACAAUUCAACGCCACUGUCAGGUACAGGAUGUCUAAGCGAACUAAGCGAACUGAGUGAGUUAGACUCGGAGUUGGAAUGGUGUUUAGACAGAAGCUGGAACUCGGGUCUUCCAGACAGGACACCGUUGUGUACAGCAGGCUGCGAGGGUUUUCUACACCUUCCUCUGCCCAACCCACAGCAAACGUUUCAACGAGAGGAACCAUUAUGGGUGCUUGGGAUCGAUUUGAGAGCCCUCGAUGAUACCUUGGAAACCAGCGGUAUAGAUUAUAACAAUAAUCAAGUAGAAGAAAAUAUUUCGUCAGCAGCUGCCGCGGCACUAGCAACCCACGACUACACUAAUCGCAGUUUGGCGAACGCGGCUGAGGAUCGAUGCUUUCCUUGCACUUAUCAAGGAUGCGUCAAGGUCUAUGCAAAGGCGUCCCACUUGAAAGCUCACCUACGUCGGCACACAGGCGAGAAACCAUUUGCCUGCACGUGGUCCGGUUGCGGAUGGCGUUUCAGCCGAUCCGAUGAACUAGCCAGGCAUAGACGAUCGCAUUCAGGCGUAAAGCCUUAUCCAUGCGAAAUGUGCUCGAAGAGGUUCGCGCGCAGCGACCACUUAGCCAAACAUCGCAAAGUGCACAGAAAGAACGCUUACCCAUUGUUUCACGGGGGAAGAGGGCUACGCGGAGAAAAGAUGAAUUCCAUUCUACCAGCGGAGAUUUAGUCAAUUUAUCUUAUAUAAUAUAACUGACGAUGAUGGUAUUGAGCGUCGGAAGAAUUUUCUUUCGGAUUUCUCGAAUUUGCAGCUUCGUUGCUUCCUUGCGAUGAUAUUUAAUCGGGAAAUCGGGAAGAAAGUGUUUAGUUCUCGAUGCGUGCAAAUUGUGGAAAAUGAUUUCCGUGUUGAAGUUUUAGAGAGAAAAUAUAAUUCAAACUGAAUUAAGUGACAAAAUUUAUAAUGCGACAAUAAAUUGUUGAAAA